CAUAAGGUGCAGGGGAGACGUUGCCCGAGCACACGAACAUCGUCCUGAUAGGUAGACCUGUGUUGCCCUGCCUAGGAGCCUCCUGGAUGAAUUGUACACACUGUCCCUGUGAAUAUUUAACAGUGUCUAUACCGCCCCUGUCGAUGGGCUCCCAUCCUAAACUCCUCGCCUCAUUUUCACAUUUCUAACAUCAUAUACAGGCAAUAAGACCUUGUCUUGAUUUAAUUUUCAUCUAAAUUUGCCACAAGGCGAACACCUUUUCAGAUAACCAGGGCUAAGCUUAGAAGCAUCAUCAGCCAUAGCUUCGGCAUCUAAACUCAGCUUACAAUCGCCACCCCUCUAAGUAUAAAACCUACCUACAUCUCGCCGUCAUUCAACAUGGCCCAGCGUCCAGAUAUGCGACGGAACGAAUCUUAUGGCUCGGACACGUCGUCGGUAUAUUCGGGGCGCUCAGGCUCUAUCGGCUCGGCGGAUUCCCUAUAUUCCGUUUGGUCUUCAUCGGACUCGGACUCCUUCGUCUGGAGAGACGAUCCUUGGGGAUUUUACGGUGUUGGGGGUGCUGUGACCCGUUACGUGGAUGAUCGCGAUGACAGGCGCAAGCGAUUUGCUUCUCAUAUUUUGAGCGGGCCAUUUGCUCAGUUUUACAAGAAGCAGCGCCAUUCUAGCUCUAACUCGCACGCUCACUCGCACUCUCGUCCAAGCCGCAGUGCAGCUAGUUCUCGCUCUAGCUCACGGUCAAGCAAUGGGAGUGCUAGUCCAGGCAGAAGCCAUAACCAGGGACAUUUUCAGCCGAGGCCUGCUAGCGUUGAACCCCAGUUCCAUCAAGAACACUUCCAGCCACCGCCGCAAUUCCACCCUCACGGCUUUCAAGGACCACCGCCUCCCCCACCUCCUCCGAUGGCUCCUGCACCCGCGGGGUUCGAAAGCGGCUUUAUCCAACUCGGCGGCCCUCCCCCGCCACCACAACACCCGGGCGACCCGUGGGACAACGCAGGUGCAUAUGAUACCGGAGUGCACGUUUACGAUUAAUAAUGCCGUGGACUACGACGAGGUUAUUUAAUGGCUUAUGUAUGGAUUAUGAUUGACUUGAUCUUUAUGACUUUAUGGGACAGGCGGUUCUUAUGCGUUGGAUCUUGAUUUAACGGCGUUCCGGUGGGACUCUAUUGAGGAUCACAGCACUUAUUUACAUGACAGUUACAGUAUGUGACGAAUCGCAGAGAAAAGGAAAUGGGUGACGAGGGCAAAGCCGUUCUUUGCGAGAUACCCAUCUGCGAGGGGGCAAAAGGAGUAAUGACCCAUUCAAUUUCGAGACACGACGGAUCCUAGCACAAGUAAUCCUGGGCCUUUCAUGUUGAUAGGUAGUAAAAUCAAUAUUUUUUGUGACUACGAAUUUUGCCUUUAUGCUGGGUAGCGAG